UCCGGUAUACUGUCCGCUCCAGAUCAGCUGUAGCAGCUCACACACUCUCCUCUAUUAGCUUCUGACUUGCGCUUCGGACAUAUUCCUAUGACAUUAAUGGACAAUCAUGUCUGACGAGGAAAACAAGGUUUCCGAUGAACUUUUUAAAGAUGUCAAAUUCUACGUGGUUGGGGACAUUGACCAAAAGGUGGUGCAGCUGCUGAAAGCAGGGAAAGGUAAAGAAGUGUCCUACAAUGCUCUGGCCACUCACAUCAUUGCAGAGGAUGGAGACAACCCUGAGGUGGGCGAGUCAAGAGAAGUUUUUGACCUGCCUGUUGUCAAGCCGUCCUGGGUGAUCCUGUCAGUCCGAUGUGGAGACCUGUUACCUGUUACUGGAUUCUCCCCAGAAUCGGGACAGAUAUUCUUUGGAGUGACAGCUUGCCUUCCGAGGCUUCCAGAUGAUCUCAACACUUUGUGGGCUUACAUAACUUUCUAUGGAGGAGAAUGUCAGCUUAACCUCAACAAGAAGGUCACCCAUUUAGUGGUUAAGGAACCAAAAGGGGCCAAGUUUGAGUGUGCCCUGAAACACCCCAGUAUCAAGAUUGUCACCCUGGACUGGAUAACAGAUUCUGUUAAAGACAAAAGCAGGAAGGAUGAGACACUCUAUCACCCCAGACUCACAUAUAUAGAGCCUGAAGAAGAGGAGGAGAGUGAUGCAGAGUCAUAUGACCAGCAGUUUCAAUCAGAUGGAAGCUACAGUCCCCGGCGAUCCCGGCUGUCUAGUGGUGGCUCAUCUGGUGAGGAGUCCAGCCCCCGCAGACGACCAGGACCCAAGAGGCUGAACUCUGUCUCCCCGACCUCUCCCCGCAAGCCUGAGCGCCGCAGUGAGCGCAUGUUUGAUGACUCUGAUGAUGACUCCCCCGCAGAAAAGGAGGGCACCAAUCUAAACUGGACACCGGCUGAAGUCGUCACACCGACUCCCCCAAUUCCAACCGGCACAGCCAGACGGCGGGGUGGGCCACCUGGCAGCAAAGACCCAGUAUCAUCCACAGGCAGUGGGCUGAUCAACCUGUGUGCCACUGCAGCCCCUGUACCUGGCAGUGGAGGCGCAAUGCCAGCGGAGGCUCGGUCUGCUACUGCUGCCAUCAGUCACUCCACACAGCAAGGUGUGUCAGUUCCAGAGGGCGUCCCUGGGUGGAGCCCGGCCGCCAGAACGCUUCGCAACAUCACCAACAACUCUGACAUGCAGCCAACCAAUCGGCCUACCAACGUAGCACAUAUUAUCCAGAAUCUGACAGCCAAUCAGACAAAGCCACUUGAGCAACAGACCAAUCAGAGCCAUGCUCAGACCCCCAACAGUACCAACUCUCUUCUGUUUAAUCAGUCCAAACUGGCCAACCAGCCUCUCACAGCGGAGCAGCAGCAACAGUUACUGCAACAGCAACACCAGGUUUCCCAGCAACAACAUCAACAAUUACCACAGCAACCACAGCAUCCCAUGAUGCAGCUUCAGCAGCAGCAGCAGCAGCAUCAGAUGAUGCACUUACAACAUCAACAACAACAGUCACAGGGGGCACAACAACAACAAGGGUUCCCACAAUUGCCUCAACAGCAGCAACAGUUUCUGCAGCAACAGCAGCAAAUGCACCAACAACAGAUGUUUUCCCAGCAGCAGCAGCAGCAGCAACAACAACAACAACAACAACAACAGCAACAGCAGCAGCAACAGCAACAACAACAACAGCAUGCGUUCUCCCAGCAGCAGUUGCGGCCCCAGCAGCUCUUACGGCCAGGUCUACAGCAACUGCAGCAACAACAGGCUUUGCAGCAGCAGCUUCAGCAGUUUCAGCAGCAGCAACGCAUGCAGAUGUUACAACAACAACAACAACAACAACAACAACAACAGCAACAGCAGAAUCAACAGCAGAUGCACCAACAGCACUUACAGCAGCAGCAUUUCCUGCAACAACAGCAACACAUGCAGCAGAUGCAGAAGCAGCACAUGCAGAAUCAACAGCAGCAGCAGGUUCUUCAGCAUCAGAAUCAGCAAGCCCUGCAGCAGCAGCAUCAACAUCAGCAGCAGCAGCAGCAACAACAACAACAACAACAACAGCAGCAGCAGCAGCAACAGCAGCAGCAGCAGACAACGACGACGACACUGCAGCCUCAGCUCCAGCAGCCUCCGCACAUCUCCCAGCUGUUUGGACACGAGCUGGGGCAAGAAAUUCCACAGGAUGGCUUUCUGCUGGGCUGUGUGUUUGCUGUUGCUGAUUACCCAGAACAGAUGGCUGACAAGCAACUCCUGGCCACAUGGAAGAGGGUCAUCCAGGCAUGUGGAGGUGCUGUUGACCCCAUUCUGACCAGCCGCUGCACACACCUGCUCUGUGAGAGUCAAGUCAGCAGCACGUAUGUACAGGCACUGAGAGAAGGGAAGCGCUGUGUGACCGCCCACUGGCUCAACACAGUGCUGAAGAGGAAGAGGAUGGUUCCUCCUCAUCGGACAUUACAUCUGCCCUUUGCGUUUCCUCCUGGAUCCAAACCCUGCUCUCAUCAUAUCAUAUCAGUGACUGGUUUUGUGGAUGCUGACAGGGAUGACCUGAAGCUGAUGGCCUACCUGGCUGGUGCCAGAUACACUGGAUAUCUUUGUCGCAGUAACACUGUCCUCAUCUGUAAAGAACCCAGUGGACUUAAAUAUGAGAAAGCCAAGGAGUGGAAGAUUCCUUGUGUGAAUGCCCAGUGGCUAUGCGAUAUACUAUUGGGCAACUUUGAAGCACUAAGACAAAUUCAGCACAGCAGAUACUCCAUCUACACACAUCCUGAACCACUGGUGCCUAACCCUCAGCUUGUCCAGAACCUGCUGGCUGCUUGGAGAACGCCAAUCAAAGUAUCGCCUGAAGCUUUGGCGAGUCUCCAGCUGCUCCAGAAGCAGAAGAUCACCGACUCUACCAACGCUCCUGCAAACAAGAAGGCCAGGCUGGAAGAGAUCCAGUCUCCCAGUAAGAAGCUUCCUCCAGAGUCCACCCCUCGGGUCAUGUUUACAGGUUUUGAGCCAGCACAAGUACAGCAGUACACAAAGAGGUUACAUGCUUUAGGUGGUGAAGUAGCCGACAGCAGUCUGAAAGCCACUCACCUGGUGGCCAGUAAGGUGACUCGCACCGUCAAGUUCCUCACUGCCAUGUCUGUGGUGAAACACAUCAUCAGCCCAGAGUGGCUGGAGGAGAGCUGGAGGAGCCAGAAGUUUGUGGAUGAGCAGAGUUACACUCUGAGGGAUGCAGAAGCAGAGGUGUUGUUUGGCUUCAGUCUGGAGGAGUCACUAAAGAGAGCCCACAGUGCACCGCUCUUCAAGGGGAAGUACUUCUACCUCACCCCAGGGAUGUGCCCCAGCCUCAGCACCAUGAAGUCCAUCCUGGAGAGUGCUGGAGGAAAGCUGCUCGCUAAACAGCCCUCAUACAGAAAGAUAAUGGAGCAUAAACAGAACAAGAACCUUCCGGAGAUCAUCUUAAUUUCAUGUGACAAUGACCUCCAUCUAUGUAGAGAGUACUUCUUGAAAAAUAUUGAUGUCCACAACGCUGAGUUCAUCCUGACCGGAGUUCUCACCCAGAAACUCGACUAUGACUCUUAUAAGUUCACUUGAUUGAGCCACACUGAUGUCAUGGCGGAGAAGAGGAGGAAGAGAUGAGGAAGCCACCUGUGUACAGUCCAGCCACACUGACUUUUCUAUGUUUUUAUUUCUGUGCAUAGAUCUCCAGUCAUUUUGUAGCUUUUUGUUACCUGUUCGAAAUAAAUAAAUGGAUGUUAUUUUUGUGAAAUGAUUGUUUAAAUUAUGGAGAAUUAAACCUUUUUCCUGUUGUUAAAAUAGAAUGUGUAAAGGCUUCAGCUCGUUCAUGCUGCUUUUUAAAUAAAAAACUGUACAUUUGUUUGUGCAAAAGCAUUUGGAGUUGUUUGCUUUCUUAUCAAGAAAGUGUCAGAUUUUUAGGCAAUGUUGAUGUCUUCAGCCUAUUAAAUAAACUUCAAAAGCAC